GUAUGAUGAUUUAGUACUCGUAGUUCAGUUGGGUAGUUACGGAAGUAAUAAAUUGCUUCUAAGAAGUUUGUCUCAUUACUUAUACAUUAAUAAAAUAUUAGCAAUACAAUUACUAAUGCUUAAUUGAAUAGGUACUAACGAUCCGUGUGCAUAACAACAAUUAAGUAUUUCUACUUACGAUAUCAAAUUCUCAUGUGAAUCAAAUCAUAAACGGUUUAGUGGUUCAAAGAUGCAUCAAUUUACCGACUUCCUCAUACCAGCAUUUCUAGCUCCGCCGGGGGCCGAUGCGGUCGUAACCGUGUCUUCAACUUCUCAACUCCGUGCAAAGAAAAUGUCUUCGACGAGAAACAGUGAAAAAUGGUUGAUGUUGAAGUGGGGUAGUGGGGGCACUAGUGUGGUGAACUUGAAGUCUGUGACGAGCCCCACCACUGAAACCAGGGUGGGCAUUGUGGUGGUCGCUGACAAGGGCAACGGUAUACACGAGGCUGCUACAAUCAUUGGUAGUUCACGUGAUCGUCAAAUAUUAGAAAGACAUAUACCGAAAGAACAAACCGGCGAGGAUGAUACAGCGGGUCCAAGCAAAAAUGAGGAGCCAGAAGACUUCUCAGCAAGCGCCUCCUCCUGGGAACCCAGCGACGACCAUCCUUCGUCUGAUGAUGAAGAGGUAGACCGAAAGAAAAUAAAAUUGGAGCGAAUCGUACACGCUCGCACAUAUUGUAACAGGAGAACGAGCAAAAUACUUAAACCUAGUCACAGGGCGAAUGCCAUUAAUGCAAUCAUAGCCAAGAAUCGAAAAAGAACUUUCGGUAAUUCGACACAUAAGGAACAAUUUAAAAACACUUUUGAUAGAAAAUCACUACCAGAUUCUACAAGAAAGAACAACACUCCUACACCAAACACAAAGUCAGACGUAGUGUCAAUUAAUGUCCGAGAUAUAAUGCACAUGAAGCAAUGCUUCCACGAAGUAUUCAAAAUAUUGAACGAGAUUAAACCGUGUGUCUCAAAUGAAAACAGUAAUGUAAGUAACUUGUCUCAAGAAAAGCCGGUGAAAGAAGAAAAUAAUAUUAAUAAAAUGGAUAAUACUACAAACGUUGAUGAAGGUGAAGACGACAUGGAAGCCAGUGACAGAAGUGAAGAAUUCAAUAGAUCUGAUGAUAAUGUUCUAAUUACUAAUAAAUAUGAGAAUGCUAUGAAUAAUAAUAAAAAUAGUAACGAAAAAGUACUCGCUGAAAACACUACUAACAAGAAGGAGAAACUAGACGAAUGGAUGCCAAUUGGAACCGGUCAGACAUUGAUACACAGAGACCAAUAUAGAAAAGUAAACUGGAAAUCUUAUACUAUUGCGACACGAACGUUAUUGCUGGCUGUAUUCCCGAGGAGGAUAUUGGCUACUCAUUCACUCACGGGGAAGAAAUCACCGGCUUUCCUGGAUAAACCGGCUAAAAUGUGCCUGGACCCAAAAAUAGUGACUGACGUCAUAAUAGAGAUCUGCGACCGUUUUAAAGUCAAAGAAAAUCUAGUUCGGAGCAUCAUCACGACAAAGUGCGCAGAUGAAUGCAAAAUGCUCAAGACCAGACAGAAGAGGAAGACGCUGCCAGCAAAGCAGCAGCCGACUGUAAAGUCACUUGGAGCCGAUGAUGAAGCUAAUAUGACUUGUUAGUACAUUAUUUAAGGUUGAUCUUUUCGUGUCGGUGGUAGGUAUUGGUAUAUUCUUUGGAAUUUCAUCAGGUAUAAUGAACUACCGUCAUUGAAUUGACGACCCUGCAAAAAACAUUUUUGCCAAAGCACAAUGUGAUCAAACUAAAACUUACAAGGUCCUGUUUUCUAAGAAAACUUAAGCAAAGAUGUUAUUUACGAGGUUUUCAUUGAUACGAGCCAAAGUGUUAUUUUAUUUUUUUAACUGACCAAAUGUAGUAGGAAUAAUUAUUAGAUUAUCGUAAUCGUUAAAUUUACCUAAUUUGGAUAUAUUGUUAACGUUCAUACAUGUAUUUUUAUAAUAGCAAUAAAAUAAUAUUGUAAUAAGGAUGAUUAUUUAAAAGCUCAGCACACAGACAACAUUUUUUCAGACUGCUAUGUAUAAUCGAACUAAAAGUACAAGGUUUUCUUUACUAAAAAACCGUAAAACACAGCAAAAAUGUUAUUUACGAGUUUUUCAUGGCUACGCUGAGCAUCUCUGUAGUAGUAGUAAAUAUAAGCUUAUAUAUUUACUGUGCCAUAAUGCUUUUAAAUACAGUGUUACUACUGUAGUUUUUAAGUGAUUAAUUAAGUAUAAUUAUUUAAUGUUAAAUUGUUAAUGAUUUCACGUACGCAACUUGUCUAUUCAGUGUACCGAAUUUAAAUUUAAUAAUGACUUCUAGUAAUAAUUAAAAAU